AUGAGCCAAUCAAACCAGCCAACCGAUCUUAGGAGCCCUGCCAAGGACAGAUCCGAAAGAGGUCAGUCGUCACAAGACGAAGAUGGCUUCAUCGACAUUCAGCACGCCGACGCCAACGCCGACGUCGACAUGCCAGAAAGUGACCACAACGCGCAAACCACUUCACCUGGCCCCCUAGAGCUGCAGAGGUACGGCAAUAAUCUAGAAGACGCUGAUGAUGUUGUGGAAUCCGAGGAGGAUUCAGAAGACGAUCAGGACCCUAUCGCCAACCACCCCUUGUUGAGCAUGCUCACUGGCCGCCUAGGCAAUCGCCGACGAGGCUCGACUCACAAGUGGGAUUCGCUCCAUCCCGAGAACCAAGUCUUGUCGGUAUCCAAUGUUGACCAAUGCUUUGCUGUUGAGGAAGAGGCGUUUCCGCCCGAACAGAGGGCAAGUCGGGAGAAGUUUCAAUACCGGCUCACCCGAUGCCCCGAACUGAGUUUGGGUUUGUUCACUCAGCCUACCAAAGCAGAGGCCCAGAAAAUGUCGUCUCCCCCUCGACGAAGGCUGAUGGCACAUAUUGUGGCAACCAGAAGUCCGGCCCCCAGUGUGACCGAAGCCUCCAUGGGAAUUCCUCCAAAUUGGAGAGCGCGUAGAUCUUCUCUGCCAGACAAAACCGACGAAGAAGCUAUCGGCCAUCAAGACAUCGGUGGAACCAUCUGCGUCCAUUCACUCGCAGUGGCUCCCGAGUUCCAGAAGAUGGGACUAGGUACUGUUCUGAUGAAGUCGUAUAUCCAGCGCAUGAGAGACUCCAAAAUUGCUGAGCGGAUAGCCCUUCUCGCCCACCAUGACUUGGUACCAUUUUACAGAAGCCUUGGAUUUGAAAAUAUGGGACCAAGCUCCGUUACUUCCUGUGGUGGCAAUUGGAACAAUCUGAUACUCGAGUUCACUGGGGACGAAGAUGACGAUUGA